AUGACAGGCGGCCUUCCCACUGCCAUCAAACAAAUAGAAACAAAGGUCACAGAGGCUUUAGCCUCCAUCGAAAAUUUGAAAUCAGAUAUUGUCUCCCACGCAGAUGACGUCAAAUCCAAACUCGCUGCCAUGUGCGAAAUUGUGAAGAAGGCUGCCGAAGGAAACUCAGAAAGCGCCAAAGGGAAGCUGUCGGAACUGAGAAGCAAAAUCGGUCGGAACACUGUAAAGAAGCCUGGCGAUGGUGUACUCAUGAAAAUUAAGAACGAUCUGGAAACUCUCAAAAAUACAAAAUUACAUGAAUGCAUAUCAGCGGCAACAAACUUCAGCACCCACGCCGAACGAUUGAAAACGUCAACUAUCUCCAGUCUCCAAGAUAUAGUCGACAGUCAGCUCAAUGAUUGUAUGGCUGAGCUCACCAAGCAGGCAAACACCCAUUACGUCACAACCAUGCACUACCUAUUGGAACAAUUCGCCGACAAGGUGAGAGGGCAGUUGGAUAAAUUGCCUGAAGCAAUCGAAGAAGACUUGGCAACUGGCUUCAAAGGUUUCAUGGGAGCGUUUCAGGGACAGAAUGGUCAAGCAGCAAAUUAUGAUAAUAUCGAGAAACUGAAAGACAUUGUCGACCGUCUCUCCCAAAAGCCCACUGACUACAAGGAAAACUUCGAAAAGCUGGCCAACAAGUUCCAGUCUUUCUGGCAGCCACUCCACGACUACGUCACAGCGGAGAUCAAGAGAGUUCACGCAGCAAACAAAGAGCGAAAUAAUCCCAAGCCAUCUGGCGACGGACAACUAUACACAUCCAAGCUAGAUGUCGUUACUAACGAACUUAACAUUUUGCUAAACCAUGUUCGUAAAAACAACAGGUACGACUACCGUGUUCCCAGUAUGCUCGACAUCCUCUUAGGAGAAGCUCAAGGUCUCCACCCUGAGUCAUUUUCUGAGCCGAACACUCCGCUGCUGGAAACCAUUGCCCAUGGUUUCCAGGGUUUGGUGGGUGAGCUCGACAAGGCGUACAUCUCCGCGUACGACAGUGAGACCAUCCAAUGGACAGAAACUGCCCUUAGCACCGGUUUAACACAAAACGCUCACCGCUGCGCUAAAAUAUUCUUGACCGCUUUUUCCACAAUUUACGAUGCUGUGCAUGACUUGAGGAUAAAUUGCAAUAGUCUGAGGGGACACCAAAUUCACUCGUCCUCUGAUCUCGGCGGAUUGUUCCUACGGCACGGCUUUAAGGUGUCCGCAGAAAACAAACAGCACUGGGAGCUGCAGAACAAGAGCGUCAUAAACGGUGAAUACGUCGCGAACAGACUUAGCUUUAGGGUCGAAGGUGCGAAAGACAACGAGCAUCUUAAGGAGUGCGAAUCGAAUAAACGCAAGUCUAACGUCCUUUUUAAUCUUUUCGAUAUUCUCAAAUGCAUUCUGCAUCACGUCGACCAGUACAACGCCAUAUGUCACAUCGCUAUACUCCCCAAACCUAGAACGCCAUGUACCGUUUUCGAGAUGCUGGCGUGGCUCUCAGGGCUCACUUACACUUCCGCGUACCAGGCGCUGCUAUCAGACGGGUUCACCAACGUGCUUGAUAAUCCGGAUACGCCGCUUGCUGGCGACGGAGAGAUCAGCGUAUUCGACAUCGAGCAGUCAUACCUAGAGGCGCACCCGCAGACCAUCACGUAUAAGAGCAUACGGACGGUGUUGCAAUACCUUUGUUCGAAAUCGUACGAUUUGCUUACCACCGUUGUUGGCCACGGCGACGCGGCGACAUUCUACGCUUGCGACUAUUCGAAUAACACGCUGAAUCUGUACUACCCGAGCUCCGGCGAAGAUUGUUUGCAGAUGUUGCUUGACUUCCUCCGUAGAAUUUUGCAGCCGCUCAGGUAUUUGUUUGAACGAUGCAGUGUCGCAGACAAGAACUACGGAUGGGCCGACUGCCACUACGGCAGGGACGUACCUACGACCAAAUCGCACUGCAACAUCAAGCCAACGGACGAUGUAACGUGCCUACCAAACUGUCAACCAAAUUGCAAACCAAAUUGUCAACCAACAUCGCCAUUGAUGAACUACCUAAGUGACUCUCUACUCGGCUACCUGCCACAUAGAUUGGAGUCUGUUGGAUGCAAAUCUAAAUGCUCCACCUGCCCCUCCACAUCCAGGCUGGGAAUGCCGUGCGUCACACCGCUGGGUUUCAGGGCGUUCUCCGGGUCGACCAAAACAGGCCGUCAGCUAUGUGAGAUAAUUCGCGAAUUCUUAGGUAGUGGCGUGGUUUCAUCAUUGUUUGGCUUGUCACCAACUCCGCCGAAAACGCUGCCGGAGCAUUUCAGUUUCGGGUUAAGCUUGGUUAAUAAGUGGGUCAAAGUUGCAUCUUAUAUUACUGAUGCAGGUAUAAAACCAGUAUCACAAACUAAGAUUGAAGCAUCUAUUCAGACGCUCUCCAUUAAGCUCUGCACUGACACGGGUAAGCUUACCAAUGUACUUCGUGACGCUUAUGGCAGCAGUCAGCAUGAGCACCAAGAUCAAAAUCAUCUCGAAGUCUAUGCCGAUGUAUCUAGCCUAUGCAUGACUAGAAGUUGCACCGACAGGGAUAUGCGCUGCGCUCCAUACCUAUCCACACUGUGUUCGGACACGUAUCAAUACCUUGUUCAUAAGAACUUUGCCACGUACCUUACAUGGGCUGUCUACCUGCCGUGGGAUUUCUGGAAUCAACUGAAUAAUUUGUGUAACGCAUUCAAGAACAUUUUCUGCCAAGACUGGGGAUGCCAUACGUGUCUGCGUGCUGAGAAAUGUAAGCGUGGACAGCAUGGCCUCGUCGAGAAAGUUGAGAAUCAACCUGACAAGCCUCAUUGCAAUUGUCCAUCGAUGGUUCAGUGCAAGGGUGUAUCCGCAACACUGUACCAGUUCGGUUUCUGUUUUGGUAACGCGGCGACAUUAAAUAACGAGGCAUCGGCUAAGAAGUGUUCUGAUUUCUGCUCUCAGCUGGACAAGGUGUUGAAAUCGGAAUAUUUUGUUAAGCUGUUCAAAGAAUGUGACAUAUUCAUUUGGACUAUCAGAGAACCGUUCACCUACUUGGUUCUCGCGCUCUGGUCACUAUCCCUCUUCUACCUCAUCUGCGUCAUGGUUGGCAGACUGGAUGUGCUCCACAUCCGCUCACACCUGAGAUCACCAUCAUCGCACAGGAUAACGGCGCAGUCAUUGUUGGCUGCUGCGCAAGUCGGAAGGCUUGCCAAGAUAUCGUACCUUCAACCGUGA